GACGCGCUCGCUGGAAGCGGGCCAGAGGAACGGAAAAUGGCGGACCUCGAAGACGUUACCCUGGACGGGAAGCCGCUCCAGUCCCUUCGUGUAGCCGAUUUAAAAGCUGCCCUCCAGGAGAGAAGACUGUCGAAAAGUGGACACAAAAAUGCUCUCGUCAAAAGACUCAAAGGGGCUCUCAUGCUGGAGAAUCUGCAGAAGACCUCCACCUCUCAUGUUGGGCUGCAACCAAACUCGCAGAUUGGUGAGAUGAGCCAGAACAACUUUAUCAAGCAGUAUUUAGCCAAACAGCAGGAGCUUUUGAGGCAGCGGCCAGAGAGAGAGGCUCGUGAAGCAUCUGAAACGAACGAGCAAGAGGACCACACAGAAGUAAAUAACAGCACCCCCAGCCCUGCUCAUGUCCAGGAUGUGACCCCUGCCUCAGCUGACCACCGCAAGUCACCAGGCCCCUCUGACGGAGAGGGCCUGUUUGCCGUGGAAAAUGAGGGAGACGCGAACAGCAACCAGGAAGCUCACAUGUCUGCUUCUCCUGCUUCUGGCUCGGUUCCAAUGCACAUUCCUGGCGGCGGGGAUCACCACCCGGACAAGAGUGCCACGGCCGGUGACUUCCUUGCCGACAGUGAUGAUGAUGACAGUGAGGAUGGCGAGGACGAUGGUGACGAUGAAGACUGGGACAGGAACAUUCGGAGGAGAACCCCGAGACAGCCGGCCAGAGGCCCCUCAACCCGGGAGAGGUGUGGAGCAUCUUGUCAACCCCAGCAGCAGCACAUCCCUUCCCUUUUGUCUCCACAACUCCGCCAGCCAACUCCUCCUCCCUCCCCGCCUCCCGAGUUUUCAUUCCCCUUGCCCGACACCCCCAAGCAGAGCCCCCCAAGUCCAGAUGUAGCCCCAGCUAGGCGCUCACCCAGUAGCUCCAGCUCCGGUUCCUCCAGCAGCGAUAGCCGCAGUAGCAGUCCGGAGCCGCAGAGAAGUGGACACGUGGAGCGCAAACCCGGCCCAUUAACUCUCCUGGCACGUAAAAUGGAAUCCGAGGGAGCUUUCUCCGGAGCGGGUUGGCACGGCGGCAAUGCGGAAGGUGGUAGGAAAGACAGCGUUUCACCAACGGCCGCAGAGCAUGGUGAAGGUCUCAUAUCUGCCGUCGCUCACACGGCCUCCACUACAGGCCAUGAGCCGUUUUCCAAGACACCAGGCACCAUCAACCCGGGCGCCGGCGGAGCUCAGUCAGCCCAUAGCCACGUUCCUGUGAGUGUGCUCAAGGCUUCCGAAAUGGAAGAGAGUGAACGUGAACUAGAGGCAGAAAGAGAGAGGCUAAGAACCCUUGAGCAAGAGCAAGCGAUGGAGGAAGAGAGAAAAAGAGCUCGUGAAAGAGAGGAGCGAGAAAAAGCCUUGCAGCUGGAGAAGGAACUUGCUUUAGAAAGAGAGAGGCAGGAGAGGGAAGAAGCUUUGGCCAAAGAGCAGGAAGAGCGAGAGCAAGCAUUGGCAAGAGAGAGAGCUCUAGAGCUGGAAAGGCAAAGGGCCUUGGAGCAGGAACUUCUCCAGCGCCAGCGGGAGGAGAGGGAGAAGGAGUUAGAAAGACUCCAGGCUUUGGAACGGGAGCGAGAGGAACGAGAAAAGGCUUUGGAGGAAGAAAGAAAAGAAAAGGAACAAAUUGAAAGAGAGAAGAUGUUGGAGCAAGAACGGUUGGAAAGGGAGAAAGUGGAGCAAGAGCGACUAGAGAGGGAGAAAGCUCUAGAGCUUGAGCGGCUAGAGAGGGAGAGAGCUCUAGAGCAAGAGCGGCUAGAGAGGGAGAGAGCCCUAGAGCAAGAGCGGCUAGAGAGGGAGAGAGCCCUAGAACAAGAGCGACUAGAAAGGGAGAGAGCUCUAGAGCAAGAGCGACUAGAGAGGGAGAGAGCUCUAGAGCAAGAGCGGCUAGAGAGGGAGAGAGCCCUAGAACAAGAGCGGCUAGAGAGGGAGAAAGCCCUAGAGCUUGUGCGGCUAGAAAAAGAGAGAGCCCUAGAGCAAGAGCGACAAGAAAAAGAGAAAGCCCUAGAGCAAGAGCGGCUAGAAAAAGAAAGAGCCCUAGAGCAAGAGCGACUAGAAAAAGAAAGAGCCCUAGAGCAAGAGCGACUAGAAAAAGAAAGAGCCCUAGAGCAAGAGCGACUAGAAAAAGAAAGAGUCCUAGAGCAAGAGCGACUAGAGCGGGAGAAAGCCUUAGAGCUUGAGAGACUAGAAAAAGAGAGAGCCUUAGAGCAAGAGCGGCUAGAGAGGGAGAAAGCUGUAGAGCAAGAACGUCUAGAGCAAGAAAGACAAGAGCAGAUGAAGGGCUCAGAGCGAGAGAGAAUUAAGAAGUUAGAAAGUGAUAGAGCAGAAGAGCAAAGGAGGUUAGAGCUCGACAUGGAGGAAAAGAAAAAGUCGACUCUUGACAACGUGAGGACAGAGGAGGCUGUAACGACAGGAAGGAUUUGUGAACAGGAGAGCUUAGAGAAGGAAAUAGCCAAAGAGCUAGACACUGAACUCCCUCCAUUUAAAUGUGGCGGCGAGCUUGGUGUCAGCCCUCCCACUCCUCCCCUUUCCACAGGACCAGAUAGCAAAAGACAGGCAGGGGACCAGGAAGAUGCCAAUGCUCCAAAGCCACAGAGCGAAUCCCAAGCAGCAGAGUCAAGGUCUCCCUUGUCACCAACGUCACUGUCAUCUCCACAGUCAUCACUCAAGAAGUUCCGGUUCUUAAGGGACCGUCCAAUUCAACCCCCCACCCCUUCCAUGGUUAUCAAGCGGCCGCGUACCUUCUCUGACACCCCCCCUGUCUCCUUCAGCUUUGGAGAACAGAAGGAAGGACAUCGAAUGCCUGCUGCACAGGAAGACCACGUGCAUCAGGACGGUGGUGCCAAACCACUGGGUCCUGUGGGCAGCCAGUCCGAGGACGACCCUGCUUUGAACAAAAACAGCUCCAAAGAGAGCUUUACAAGUCAGGUAUCGGAGGACAUUCAUAAAGAUGAUUCCAUGAUCCAGGAAGAGCCUGCCAGGGAAGCCACCGAGACAACAAAAGAUGCGGGUCCUUCAAGCCCAGUGGAUGCUACACAAUGGCAGGGAAGAGAUGGAAAGAGAGAAGAGAAAACAACAAGAAAACGUUCAUCCUCUAAUGACUCGUCGUCUUCUGAAUCUGAUUCUGGGUCGUCGUCAUCCCGGUCUUCUUCCUCAUCCUCCUCUUCUCCUGAUAAAACAUCCAUUUCAAGGAGUAGAAGGGAAGGAAAACCUCAAAGAAAUGCCUCACCACAGCGUAGCAUGUCUGCUGUGGCCCAAGAUGAUCUUAUAAACCAAAUACCAAAGGCCUCCCCUUACAAAAGAGAGCGAUCCGGAGAGAAGACUAGCCCAGCUGAUGAUGGAGCAAGCCAGGCUAAGAAACCAUUCCUUGAAUCAACAACCAGAGCAGAGAGGAAGAGGAACAACAGUGAAGGAUUGGAGGAAAAAGAUGAACUAAGGAAGGGCAUUGAGCCUGCAAUGGCAGAUUCAGAGAAGGUUCCGGAGACCAGCGAGGAGACACCCAAGGCCUUCUCUGCUCGGAAGAUAUCUCUUGGCAGCAGUAAGUCAUCUCCAGGCAGAGGCAGUACCGACACCGAUCAGGAGUCUGGGACAGCUGGUGGUCGCAAGAGGAGGUGGGGUUCCAGCACCGUGGUCACGGUCAAGAAACCUUCCAUUAGCAUCACCACAGAUUCACUGAAGUCACUGAUCCCAGACAUUAAGCCAUGUGCAGGCCAAGAUGCGAUUGUGGACCUGUACCCUGAGGAAGCUGUCCUGUCCGGUGCUGAGGAAGAAGACACAGAGCGCUCGGAGCAGGACCUUCAGAUCAGACGCACUGUCACACAAGUGGUGGUGUCAGACAGCCAAGAGAACGGACAAAAGGAGGAGAAGAAGAGCAGGAGGGAGGAGGUGGAGGUGAAUGACGUACAGGGCGACGCAGCUCACGAAGACAAAACCUCUGUUCCCGAAGACAUGGAGACUCAAUCACCGUCCCAACCCAGCCAAGAUGUAGAACUCAGCACUGUGACCACAGGUGAAACCAUCAUUCGGCGCUCCAUCAGCCAGCAGAAAACAGGCGUUUCCAUCACCAUUGACGACCCUGUACGCACCAACCGACAACCCUCUCCACCACGUGGCAAAGUUUCCAGUAUUGUUCAUGUUAGCAACCUGGUGAGGCCAUUCACUCUCGGGCAGCUGAAGGAAUUGCUGGGCAGGACCGGCACCCUGGUGGAGGACGGCUUCUGGAUUGACAAAAUCAAGUCCCACUGCUACGUCACUUACUCAAGCUCAGAGGAGGCGGUUGCCACGCGGGAAGCUCUUCACGGAGUCAAGUGGCCUCAGAGCAACCCAAAAGUUCUUAGCGUGGACUUCUGCCAGCAGGAGGAGCUGGACUUCCACAAAAGCUUGGGUACGGCAGACAAACCUGCCACAGAGGAGCGCUGGCUUGGUUCCACCCGCUGUCUCGCAACCGGCCUGCCGUCGCUCCUUCCCGAGCGAGACCAGUGGGCGGAGCGCGAGCGGGAAAUGGAGCGGCGGGAGAAGGCCCGGUCAGAGCGGGAGUGGGAUCGCGACAAGGUCAGAGAGUUUGGGAAACCCGGUGAGGACAAGGAGGCGGGCAGCCGGAGGUCGCGCUCAAGAGAGAGACGACGCAAGGAGAGGGCGAAGAGCAAGGAGAAGAAGAGUGAAAAGAAAGAGAAAGCCGCUGAAGAACCGCCCGCAAAGCUUCUGGAUGACCUGUUUCGCAAAACGAAAGCAGCUCCUUGCAUAUACUGGCUGCCGCUGACAGAGGAACAGGCCGUGGAGAGGGAAGCCGCCAGAGCAGAACGCAUGAAGGAGCGCGAGAAGCGGCUGAAGCAGCAGCAGGAGGAGAAGGAGAAAAAAAGGGAGGAAGAGCGCAAGGAGAGGAUGAAAGGUGGCGGCGUGGCGACGGGAGACCGGAGCGAGGGGGAGAAGGACAAAGACAAGGACAGGGAGCGGGACAGAGCCCAUUGCUCGCUGAGCGGGACAUUUUUGUGCCCUGAUGCAAGUCCAUGUGUGUCUGGCCUCCAAGGACUGGUGAAUCCCCCUCCUUACCAUCUCGCUGCCACAUCUUUGACACAUGGAGAGGAUUCAAGUAGGAGCCGCUUUCUGUUUUCUUGACUGGAAAAACAAAUCAUUAAUUGAUUUUUUUUCAUGACAAUGAGGAAGUACACUUUAUCCCAAUGGGACAAUAGUAAAUCGUACAAUCAUUCAACACAUAAGUAGUGUACUUGAUGAAUGGAAUAACGUUAGUAGUAUUAAGGAUAUAGCAUUUAAAUUGCCAAAUCUUACCAGUAAUGAGUAAAACACAGUUUACACAUUACGAAGAUAUGCUAAGCUAUUUGUAGCGCCAGUUGAAAAUGAUAUAAGCUUCACUGCUGCUUUGAUAACUGCGACAAUUACGAAUCGUAACUUGCACAUUUAUGUUCUUUAUCUGCGUGAAUCGCACAUACUUUGCCGUGUCUUUACUGAUCAUGUACCACCAAUUUGCGUCAGUUCGCUCAGUGUUCGGCAUUCUUUCAAAUCACACUUCCGGUUGUACAGGAAAGGGCAAAAUAAACAAACUGACAAAUAAAACAAAAUGCAAGAUGUCAUCGUCCUUUACAAUAUGACUAAAUCUAGAGGGUCCUGUUGUGACUUUGAAGGUUACAUAAGUAAAUCUGACAGUUAAUGUUGUCACUUUGAUGAUUAUUUUCUUUAUCCACGAGGAUCUGACUCAUUUUCCCGUCUUUCGUCAAUUACCUCAAUUCUUUCAAAAUACACUUCUGGCUUCACAGGAAGCGCCAAAAUAAACUAUGUAAAAUAAUGUUGAUAGUAGAAAGGCAUAAUGUAGUCGUCCUACACACUAUUGAAAUAAAGUGUGUUUUUGUAACUUUGUUAUUUACAUACAUAACUUUGGCAAUUAUUGUUUUACUCUCCGUGCAUCUCACACAUUUCACCGUGUCUUGACCACCAUCAAUUAUCGUCAUCUAGUUGAGUGUUUCUUCUUCCGACAGACUUCCGAUUUCACAGGAAGCGCCAAAAUAAACUGCCUAAAAAUAAUACUUGAAACCUAAACAAAAUGCAUGAUAUCGUCGUCCUUUACAUUAUUGCUGAAGCUAAAGGGUGCUUUAGUAUAUUUGAGUGUUCCAUAAGUAACUUUGACGUUUAUUUUCUUUAUUUCAGUGAAACUCACACAUUUUCCCAAGUCGUUACCUUUAUAGCAUCAAUUUUCGUCAUCUAGCUCAGUGUUCCUUUUUCCGACAUAGACUUCCGGUUUGACAGGAAGAGACUAAAUAAACUGCCUAAAAUAAUGCUUUGUCAACAAAACAAAAAGCACGACGAAGUCCUCCUUUACACUAUGACAUAAAUCCAAAGAAUAAGCAUCUCAGCUUUGUGGUAUAGGUGGCAAAAGUACCCAGCUCGUAGCUACCUACUGUUUGAAGUUGUGUGUUUCUUCUUCUUCAAGUAGUCCGCCAUUUUUGGUUUGCAGGCGCAAAUAUGACUAAGCCUGGAAAAAAAGGGUGUCCAAAGUGUGGCCCCAGGGGGUCAUUUGCUGCCUCUUUUUUAUUUUAUUAAAAAUACAAUUAAACACAAAAACGGAGGGAGGACAAAAAGAAAUAAGUCGUAAUACUGAUAAUGAUACACCCCUUCAACCAAAACAUGGCUACCAGCAGACUGUUUGAUGCUUUCAUGCUAGCAGCAGACCACCUGCAUCUGGUGCGGGUCACGCGCUGAGGCCAGUGGAGUAAGAAGUACUCCUGCUAAGAAGAACGCCGUGAAAGCAGAAUGUUUUGGUCCCGUAAGCACUUCCCCUCCCAGCCAUUCCUGUCCACUACUCAGCACCGCCACAGCCUCGCUUUCAUCUCCUCCAUUUUCCUGCACGUCCUCAAUGCAAACACGAGACGAGACACCAUCAAAGAGAGUCGAGAGCGAACCCUUCCCUCCCGCCCCCGUUUGUCUCCUGUUUUUUUGCAAUGACAUCUUAUGGAAACCAGAUGUGGGCCGCUGGCGUGAAGGGAGAGCGUUGCUGCACCAGGUAGUGGAUUCUGACUUAUUAGUGGCCAUUGUUGACAUGAGGAGGUCAGGAUGAGGGUGCUUGAAUCAGCAGCUCCUAUAGGAGGAGGUGCUUUCCUGUUGGCCUCCAUCACGGGAAACCACAACCGCAUCACACAGGAAAAAGUCAAACGGUGAUUGUUCAACUUCCUUGCACCUGCGAUUCUUGCACCCACGCAAUCACACCUCCCCCCCAGGGGGACUGCGCCCACCGCACCGCACCCAACAAAGCAUGAAAAGUCUUAUCUGGACGUCUGGGACGCACACAAUGUCGUCACAAAAGCAAUCUGAUGUCGGUUAAAUGCACUACACUUAACGAUCGACAACCCAUGACUGUGCAACACUUUUGUACAACAUGUUUGUUCCCCACGCGUUUGUCUUACUUCUCCUUCAUUCACGUCCCCACUUAUUUCUACUCAUUUAUUUUCUAUUCAUUUUUCAUUUAUUUCUAUUUUAUGGCUCUUAAUAAAAUUUAUUAAUCUUAUUUUUUACAUUUUGUUUUCAAGGUUAGCAGAUUGGCCUAGCUUUGUGGAAAAAAUGGUCUUGUUCAAUUAAUUAAUCCCCACUUAUUUGUUUUCUAUUUGUGAUUCAUUUAUUCAUGUUUUAUGACCUUUAUUUAAAGUGUUCAUC